GUGGUCAGUUGGUCGUUUGAGUCAUCCCUGCUGGCCGGGGAUAUAUUAGCUGCUUGUCAAGAUGAAGUCUAUGUAUCUCCUACUGUUGUUUACUGUUAUACUUGCAGUUCCGGAAUGGGCGCAAUCUGCAAAAACAGGCGGACAAUCUCCAAGUGUAAAGAGACCAACUGUUCCACCAAGCAGACGUCCGACAGGAGCAAGCAGACCGUCUGUUCAACCAAACAACAGGUCCACUGGUGCAAACAGACCAACUGGUGUACCAAACAACCGGCCCACUGGUGCAAACAGACCAACUGGUGUACCUAAUAACCGGCCCACUGGUGUACCAAGCAACCGAUCCACUGGUGCAAGCAGACCAACUGGUGUACCAAACAACCGGCCCACUGGUGCAAACAGACCAACUGGUGUACCUAACAACCGCCCCACUGGUGCAAAUAGACCAACUGGUGUACCAAACAACCGUCCGACUGGUGCCAACAGGCCAACCGGUGUACCAAACAACCGUCCGACUGGUGCCAACAGGCCAACUGGUGUACCAAACAACCGGCCCACUGGUGCAAACAGGCCAACUGGUGUACCAAACAACCGACCCACUGGUGUACCAAACAACCGGCCCACUGGUGCAAACAGGUCAACUGGUGUUCCAAACAACCGGCCCACUGGUGCAAACAGACUAACUGGUGUACCAAACAACCGUCCGACUGGUGCAAACAGGCCAACCGGUGUACCAAACAACCGGCCCACUGGUGCAAACAGGUCAACUGGUGUUCCAAACAACCGGCCCACUGGUGCAAACAGACCAACUGGUGUACCAAACAACCGUCCGACUGGUGCAAACAGGCCAACUGGUGUACCAAACAACCGACCCACUGGUGUACCAAACAACCGGCCCACUGGUGCAAACAGGCCAACUGGUGUACCAAACAACCGUCCGACUGGUGCAAACAGGCCAACUGGUGUACCAAACAACCGUCCGACUGGUGCAAACAGGCUAACUGGUGUACCAAACAACCGACCCACUGGUGCAAACAGGCCCACUGUUGUACCAAACAACCGUCCGACUGGUGCAAACGGACCAACUGGUGUACCAAACAACCGACCCACUGGUGCAAACAGGCCCACUGUUGUACCAAACAACCGUCCGACUGGUGCAAACAGACCAACUGGUGUACCAAACAACCGGCCCACUGGUGUACCAAACAACCGGCCCACUGGUGCAAACAGUCCGACUGGUGUACCAAACAACCGUCCGACUGGUGCAAACAGACCAACUGGUGUACCAAACAACCGGCCCACUGGUGUACCAAACAACCGGUCCACUGGUGCAAACAGUCCGACUGGUGUACCAAACAACCGUCCGACUGGUGCAAACAGACCAACUGGUGUACCAAACAACCGUCCGACUGGUGUACCAAACAACCGGCCCACUGGUGCAAACAGUCCGACUGGUGUACCAAACAACCGGCCCACUGGUGCAAACAGGCCAACUGGUGUACCAAACAACCGUCCGACUGGUGUACCAAACAACCGGCCCACUGGUGCAAACAGGCCUGGAGCAAGCAAUGCUCCCGUACGACCAAGUGUUGGUCCGGUUGUGGUCUACAGCUGUCCAAGGGAAUGCACUUACUGUCAGACUUUCGGGAAGUCAUCCACAUGUAUGGCAUACGAUCAAUAUGGACAACUCAAACAAAAGGUGUCUGCAUCUCUGUCACGAGAACUUGCUGCCGCCUAUACGGAAACCUCGAAUAUGAACACUUUUAAGGUAAAUGCCAAGAUGGCAUCAUGUGAAGGAUUCAACUCUUACAUGAAGAUUUGGGCUAAGCUAUCACCAAGAACCAAACAAAAUAUCAAAGAUUUUUUCAACGACACAAGCUUAGUCACAGCAGUAGAAAUGGCAAGGUUUCCCAAGGAGAUAUACGCUUCUCUGAGGCCCGACCUGGAAAGAGAAAUAUACCGGACUAUGAACCAGGCCCAGAAAGAACAAGUCUGUGACAAUUUGAAGUCGGUUGACUGUCUGAUUCGGACUUCCAUCCUCAGGAACCUCGACUGUUCAACUAUUUUACUGCAAGGAGGAGGACAGACUUUAUCAAAGAAGGACCUACUAGCACUCGUGGAUCUGACCAACUACACCAACUGGGAUGACGCGGAGUGGAACAAAACUCUAUCGUUCUUCGCCGAACUUCUGACAUAUAAACAUUUCGAAGUCAUUCCCAUCGAUGUUCUUAUCAACAACAUGCGGAAGUUGAUGCCAUUUUGUGGAAAGUUGUCUGUAAAAGUCGUUAAAACUAUUGCCGAGAGAACACAGCGAGAGAUGAUUGCUAUGAAAAGACAAUCGUCCAUUCCUGCUAACGUGAAGUCUGAUUGGAUGGACCUUUUAAGUAGAUGUGGUGCAAGUCCAGACUAUUUCGACGGAGUAUUAGAUGUUCAAGAGGCAAUGUCAUCAGUUGACAUGAGCAAGGCUGAUCCUAAGGAUGCCAUGAAGUACAUGGAGAAAAACAGCGGAUCUUUGGAUGUAACAGUAAUGGAUAAGGAUCAAAUCGUUAACUUUAUCAAGGUCCUUGCGUUCAAUAAAACCCGAAUGAUGGAGCUGAAUGAGACUGCAUUAGAAUUGGCUGCAUGUGACAUCUGUAAGAAAGCUGCUGACCUUGGAAAAUCAGACUUGAGAAUGAUCACUGAUGUUCUGCAACGUAAGCUGCCAACUUUCACCGACCCGACAACGUUUGACGCCAGCAAACUGGAAUGUAUCGGCUGCAUGUUGCCUUUCUUUCCUAAAGCAGCAUUUGACAGGGUCCCGCCUGCGGCCAUGCAAGGAGCUCUAACGUCUGGUGAUAUCAAAAACAUGACAAUGAAAUCUAGAUCAAAGGCCCGCUCAAUUAUGAAAAUGGCAAAGACGGCAUUCAAUAAACCAAACGGUGACUUCAGCAGCGAUGACCUUCAGAAGAUGGGCUCGUCUGUGUUGGCACUGAAAGCUACGGAAGUGAUCAAUGUUCCAGAUGCUUCCUUCACCGACAGCGUGGUAGAUUCUCUGGACACCGCACUCAAAAGUGGAGACAUGGAAAUAUCUAAAGCCGUUAAAGCAAAGUUCAUUCAGAAGAUAAAGAGUGGGGCUGGAAUAGGGAAGGUGUUGGCAACCUCCCUUGCCAAGGAGAUUCCAACUUCAGAUCUGGAGGAUGCAUCCGUAUCGGACUUCGAUGAUUUAGUUGGAGAAACAAAUGAGAGCACCAUUGAAUGCAACACGAAACAGGCAAGAUUCCUUAUGAAGAAGGUGAAGAGUGUAGUAGGAGACGUGUCAUCCACCAACACUAACUUUACACUUAUGAGAGUAGCUAAUAUACUCCCAUAUUCCUGUGGCUUCAGCAAGGAGGAUGUUGUCAAUUUUGUACAAGACAGUUCCUACAUCGAUAUUCUCAAGAAAAUCAGCGAAACCCCAUGCUUAACUCGGGGCUUGAGUAAGACAUUAUACGAACAACGUAAAAACGCCACAUCAUUCGACUCAACUGAUGCCGCCACUCUCGAAUCCACGACUAGUAGUGCAACUGUCAGUCAAAUGUCAGCCCAGAUUCUGGCCCAUCACAGUAAAGCGGAGCUGGACAAGUAUGGAUCUAGCAGAUGUUUGGACAUCCUGGAGAAAAUCUCGACAGCUAACACAAAACUCCUCACUAAGGCGGAGUUAAAGGACAAAUGGGACUACUUUGUCUCAUGUGUUGGGAAAAUAACCGGAACAAUCACAAAGGAGGAUUUGAAAAAGGCUGGAAAUCUAUUGUGUGGUAUCACAGAAGCAUAUAUAACGGUGAUGGACGCUGAUGCGUUGGACGAAUAUGCCUCAGUCAUUCAAAAAUGCAGCCUGGGUAAAGACGCACGACAAGCACUCGCAAACAAUUACGUGUCCAAGAUGGCAAUAACAAGCGGCGCCAGUAUGACAUCUUCCGCCGUUGUAAGCUUGGGAACUGCAGUUGCAAACCUACCGUCCUCCAUUCUAGAUACCAUUCCAGAUCAAACUCUCUCUGAUCUCUCUGAAACGAUAAUGAAAUCAUUCAAAGAAAAGGAAGAAAGUGACAAAGAGCGUGAAAAAUCUGGAUUCAAAUCCGAUGUCGAGGACACCGAUAAGACAACUUACAAAGCUUUGAAGAUUGGCAUUGCAACAAAGAUUUUGUCUGCUAAAGAAUCGAUCGCUACUUCCGCUUCCGGUCUCUCUGGUCGUAAAAAGAGAUCUACAGCAUCACUGACCUGUAGCGAUCUGCAAGCAAUCGGGACCAGUGGUUUGUCCGCCCUUACCACAUCACAAAUAUCCAAUCUUGAUGACCAAGAGUUUAUCGAUUGUGCGGAGACUUUGGGAUCCGUGACGGACUUCAGUGACGCGCAGGAGACGGCUCUACUAGCUGUUGCCAUGAGGAGCACUGUUUGGGGUGACCCAUCCACAUGGGCCGCUACAGACGUGUACAAUGCUGGUGUGAUCUGCCAGGCCAUGACUGAGACCCAGAUUGGCACACUGACUCUGGACCUUGACGCCGUCAGCCGACUCGGUCAAUUCAGUGGUUGGGAGAGUCUUAAGAAAAAGGCGGUAUAUCAGAGAUGGUUGACACUGGAAAAGGGCAGCGACAGCAGCACAAUCACAUCUAGUGAGUUAAGAUCUCUGGGACACGUGACCUGUGGUGCAGAAACUGGACACAUCAACGUAAUACUGUCUUCUGUCUACCAGAGUGCUGCUGAUGCCGUUGGGGAAUUGACGAGCUGUGAGGAUACUCAGCUUCAAGCAUUUGCCAUCCUAGCUAAGGCAGCAUACGGAAGUGACAUCACAUUAUGGGACACUACUGUCAUCACCAAUGUUGGAAUCGUCAUCGGUGGUCUAUCAGCCAAUGAGAUUUCUACGCUGUCAGAAACACAGAUAGACGCCCUGGAUGCCAACCAUAUUACAUAUAUCCCUGAUACUACAUUCACGGGUUUUACUGUGGCGCAAAUCAACACCUUCAGCACCACUCAGGCACAGUCUACGACAGUCAGUCAGCGAGCUGCUCUCACUGCUGAUCAACUCACAGCACUUGAAACUGUUGCAGCUAUGUCCUGGACAAUUGCUGACUCUGGAGUUGGCAUGGUGACCGCUAGCUGGAUGAUGAUACUGGUUACUUUGAUGUUCGGUUCAUAUUUCAACAAAGUUUAAUACCGAAGGAGGCGAUAUGCUAGGGUCGGUAAAGCUUCUAUUGUAAAUAAAAUCAGAAAAAUUACUUAAGAAAAAAAAGAAAAUUUAAAUAGAAGUCAGUGUAAAAGUGUUAGCAAUUAUUGAUGAAAUCAUGACGUUCAACUGAUUGUUUCUCAAUAUCUAGAUAUAGUAUGUCGGUAUUGUGGGAGUCUAUGCUUACUACUUUACAUAUGAAUGUAUAUCAAAGAAGAUAGUUGCAUGAAGAAGACAAUUAUUUACGAAACAAUGACGUUCAACUGAGAUUUUCGUAAUAAAUGAUGAUAUCUAAAGUAAACUUGUUCAUAGUAUAUAAAAGUAGAAUAGCCACAUGAAGUGAAGUUUAUAGAAUUAUCGCGCGUUACUUAUUGAUGAAGCUAAGAUGAUAGACUGACCGUUUCUGAAUAAUCUCAUAUGGGAGUGACGUAACAACAAGAUUCUAUAUUUAGAUUGUGACGCACACAGAUUAAAACAAUUUUCUAAUUAGAAAGUGAAGCUUAAGCACGGUAUUGUAUUAUAAUAGUUAGCAGCAUAAGGAAAAACUAAUCAUUUCAAUUGACCUAGUUUGUCCUGAAGCUAACUAAACUGGGUCAUAAUGUCAGCCCCACCCGGAUAUGUAGUAGUUUUGCUAUUUUAUAUCAAUCUGAGGUGAUGAUGCUAGAGUAUUCCUCGACAGCAGUAGAUGCAAUAAGUAUCAUAAAGCAAAGAACAAUUAAAAGCUGAUUCAUUCCUAUUCAUUUUUAAGUUUUGCUUGUUAUUGUGUUGUUGCAACAAAAUACAGUAAAGAGUUUACUGGCAUA